AUGAGAGGGCGUAAUUCUUACCACGGCUGUGAUAAGUGCAACAUAAGAGGACAUUACCACCAAACUGAGGCUGCGGUUCCAUGUGUAUCCCACGUUUUAAUUCGUCGCAAAACCUGUAAUUAUGCGUCUCCAGUUUUCUGUUUCCCCACUGACUUCGCUCACUACUCCUCUAUUGAGUGUGUGCACACCAUGUGCUUUGGUGUUGUCCAUUGUUCAGCUUCCAUUUGCAUGAAGUGUUCGAGGCAUGCGUAUCGGACUUGCCUCCUUGAAUACGGUAGACCGUAUGCUAUAACUCAUAUGGGACCAUCAGCCCGUGGAUUUUCCGCACAAGUACCGGGAAGUUACACUGUACAACCAAUGGAAAGCGACCGAGUUUCGUCUAACGGAUGGUAUCCUAACUUUAUCGAUCUAUGUUUAGCUGUGUAUUCGGUUUCCCAUCGUCGUUUUUGUGUUUCUUGCCUAAAUUUAUUGCGACAACUAUUGGCGGUACUUGUUAACAAGUUACAGAAAAUAAAUGGGUUACAGGAGAUGGUACACAAUGUUCAUUGCCUACAACACUUGCCAGACAAUGUCUCGUUUCAAGUCCCUCUGGAUAAGCUUUCAGCCUUCCAUGAGUUGUCUAUGUCUACAUCGAAACCGACGGUACAAAGUCCUACCUAUCUCGUUAGGUCCUUCAAUGCAACCUCCACGAAGGGUCAAGUGCGUUACUGUCUUGGGCAGACGUUGGCCGACGAAUUCGUCAUCAAAGUGUCCUGUACCGGAUCAGUGGACCAAGUGUCCCUCCUCUACACUCGAUUUCGCACCGCGAUAAAAGGUAAGCGACCGUUUCAAAAACAGCUUUCACCAAGUUUUCAAAAUCUGCGCGCGGCAAGGCUUGGGGGGAAAUUCAGAGACUUUUGCGAUGAACCAAGCGGUCGUAAUGGUCACGCAGAACCCAUCGUCUUUAAACUGGGGCGGGAUGGGUCGGUGGUUUGA